CCACCACACCCGCGCGGCCCCGCUGCGCCCUCAACAUUCCCAAGACACUCACGCACGCAGCAUGGACACAUACGAGGCACGCCUCGCCACGUUCAGCGCGCCGUCGGCCUCGGGCAGCGGCCCGUCGCGGCGCGGCAAGGGCGCCGCCGCCGCCGCCGCCGCACCAACACACGCCGGCUGGCCGCACGCCAGCCGCAAGGGCGGGCCCUCGGCGGCGCAGCUUGCACAGCAGGGCUUCCGCUUCGCUCCCUCGGCGGCGGCGCCAGACCGCUGCGAGCAUGCACUCUGCGCCGUCGCCCUCGACACGUGGCGCGCCGCCGACGACCCGCUGGCGCGCCUGGCGGCCGUGGCGCCCGAGUGCCCGCUGGGCCUCGUGCUGCGCUCGGCGCGCGAGCGCGACGCCGCCGCCGUCGCCGCAGAGAGCCUGGCGCCGCGGCACGAGCGCAUGACGCAGGCGCGCAUCAUGACGUUCGGCCAGGCGUGGCCGUACGACGGCAAGAAGGGCUGGCGGCCCACCAGUGCGCGGCUAGCAGAGGCCGGCUUUCACUACGCCCCGUCAGAAGAAGAGGCCGACAACGCCACGUGCGCAUACUGCGAACGGUCUCUGGGCGGCUGGGAGAAGAACGACGAUCCUAUCGAGGAGCACCGGCGUCGCGAGCCCGACUGCUACUUCUUCACGAGCGCCCUGCCGGAGGAGGUGAAGGAGCAGGAGGCCGUGAAGCCAGCGAAGGCCACCAAGAAGGGCCGCAGCGUCAGCCGUCGCGGAGCUGCACAGGAGGCCGAGGAGGCGCGCGCAUCGGAGGCCGAAGCGUCGGCGGCCGAGAUCGGAGCAGAGCAGGAGACGGAGCCCGAGACUGAGCCUGAGACGGCAGAGGGCACAGCCACUCGCAGCACACGACGUACGAAGCGGGCCGCUCUCACGCCGUCAACGACGUCGGAGUCAGUGCGGCCGACACGGACAGGUACGCGCGCGGCCUCACGUGCAGCAAGCACCUCGAAGCGCACGGUGCGCGGCCGCAAAGCCGCCAGCGAAGAUGAGGCUGAGCAGGAGGAGGAGCAAGGCGCGGCCGUGCCUGAAGCGGCAGCCGCUGAAGCGCAAGAGUCUGCUGCAGAGGAGGAAGAAGUGCAGCAGCCGUCGCCGCCAAUCACUCGCAAAGCUUCGACUGCGCGCGGCAAAGGGCGCGGCCGGGCCGUCUCGGCGCGCACGCGCAAGAACGAUGCGCCUGCCGAUGAGGCGCCCGAGGCGCAGGCGGCACCGGACGCGACGAUGAUUCAGCACGACGUCGACGAUCAGCAGCAGGCUAUUUCACAGGCCGCCGCUGUGCCCGCAAGCUCAGAUCGCGCAGACGGCGACGCAACAGCGCGAGCGCCCAUCGCGGAUGAUGUGGACGAAGCUCCGAUGGACGUCGACGCAAGCGAGGCGGUCCCUGCCCCGCUCCCGUCGACUGGCUCCUCGGGCACGAGAGGCACCCGCUCCGCUUCCACGCGGUCAGUCUCCGGCCGCAAGGGCGCAGCUGCGCGCAGUGCUAGCUCGUCCUCUCGCCAGCGCGAUGUCGGCGACGACGAGACCGAGGUCCCGCCGCCGGUCGCCGCGCCUGCCGCCGAAGAGGACGCUGUCAUGUCGCAGGCUCCGGGAGCCGCGCCAGCAUCUUCGUCGGCGCAGCCGUCGAGCGAGGUGCUCGAGGUGCCCAAGCGACGCGGGCGUGCGCCAUCGGCCAAGGCGGCUGGCACAGAUGCCGCUGCCAAAGGCGUGGCAGCGUCCUCCAGCGGCUUGCCCAACGCGCAGCCAGCGGAGGCCGCGAGCCGCACGCAGGCUGCUCCGCCAACGCACAGCCGCAAGGCCUCCUCGCAGCCUGGCUCCGACGCAGCAAGUCUGCCGCCGUCGUCCGACGCUCCCGCUGCCGCCUCGUCGGGCCCCUCUGCGCCCUUCGGCUCCUCGUCGCCCGUGCGCGCCACUGCGCUGCUGCCGCGCUCGGCACUGGCGCCGCUGCCGAACCUCGACGGCCUGCUCGACGACGCCGCGCGCGCCGGCACCGUCGAGGAGUGGCUGCGUGCCCAGGUCGACGCGGCGUGCCGCGAGCUUGAGGAGGCGGGCGAGCGGCGCAUCGCCGAGCUGCGUGCGGCCAUGAAGCUCGGGCGCGAGCAGGUCGAGCGCACGCUGCGCGGCCAGGGCGCUCGAGGCGCUGUGCCGCAGACGGCGCAGUGAGGCACGCUGCUGUUAUUCUCCCUUACUGCCUCUUCUGCGACGGCCGUCACGGCUUCUCCAACGGCCGUAC